AUUUACUGUCAUGUAAAUGAUCUAUUUUCUAGUUACAAUUUACGUUUGAGCUAUAAAGUGAAACCUGGCUUUUCGUCUUCAUUCGUGUUAUUAAAAAAACGUUCAAGGUAUUAAGAAAUUAGUCAGAAGAGUGGGAGGAAAUCAUAGCACAAAGGAGAAACCCAGUUACACACAAACAGAAAAGACAAUGAGUUUUCUAAGAAGAAAAGAUAAAAAACGGAAAACCCCAUGGAGAACUGCAGAAUCACAAUGGGAUGAACAGGAUGCAAAAUCACAAUGGGACGAACAGUAUAGCAGAAGGUUGUGUGCAGAGAUUAGAGAAUUUAAUAUAAACAUUGGAACGAGGGACCGAAGAGAAAUGGAAAGGGUGAUGGCAAAUCUGUUGGUUCUUGGUCCUGCGAAGGCAGGAAAAUCAGCUUUUAUCAAUUCGGUUUUGAGCAUUUCCUCAGGAAGACGUUUAAGAACAGCAGACAGUGCUGAUUAUGAAUUUGGAACAGUAACAACUAAGUACUCUAUUUAUGGCGGGGACGGCGAAGUUGACAAUAUACAACUGCACGAUACACCUGGUCUGAUGGAACAGGAAGGACAAGGUUUUAAUUCAGAGAACUUUAUUCCUCUAAUUGAUGGCCAUAUAGAAGAUGGAUAUGAGUUCCAGCGCGAGAGAGGCAUAAAUGAGUCCGAUCCAAACUAUCGUCCGAACAGCACGAGAAGAGAUAAGAUUAAUUGUGUGGUCUUCGUAGUAGAUGUAUCUACACUGAAAACACUCACCGAUAAUUACACACAACAGAUUCGAGCUUUACAAAACGUUCUCGUAGACAAAGGUAUCCCUCAAGUGUUACUACUUACAAAAUGUGAUAAGCUAAGUAAACAUGCUCGCAAAAACACAGCAAAUAUAUUUCGGAGUAAACGCAUCGAGAAAUAUGUGAAAUAUGCUGGAAGUAAAUUCGGAAUUCAACAAAGUUAUAUUCAUCCAAUCGUCAAUUAUGGAGAGAACCCAGAUGGUUUAGAUGAAAAAGUAAACAUUCCUAUAUUGCUUGCGCUUCGACAGAUGGUUUACUUUGCAGGAGACUAUCUUGAGAACCAGGUACAAGUAGAGCGAAGUACUCCAGAAAACACUACGGGAUAAAUAAGAGAUGUCUGAAAGACUACCAGUUAAUGAAAUGAAUGAAUAACGUUUAAGAAACGAUAUCAAUGCAGAUUUAAAAUAUCGAAAAUAUAAAUAUGUCAUAUAUUAUACAUGUUAUAUAUUUUCAGGAAGGAUCAACACACAGUGUUGAAAAAUAUAUUGUUUAACAAGUAAUGUUUUAAAGACUGCUUUGAUUUCAAAAUUGACCGCCGUAAGCUACACUUUCGGAAAGAGUAUUGAUGUUUGACCUCAAAGCGGGACAAGUUAGACACAGUAGAAAAUAAAAAAUAUCAGUUUUAUUAUUUUUUUUUUUUGUUCAAAAUUUAAAGUUCUGUGAUAUUAGGAGUCUUUCAAUGAAUGUCGUUAUACAUGAGAAAGACAAUUGAUUUAAUAUUCACAUAUUUUUUAUUAUUAUACCUCUCUUUUGCCUACAAUGAUAAAAUCCCAUUACCCGAGAAAGAGAUAUUUUGACUAUCAAAAACAUUUUCAACCUUUUUGACACGUGACCAAGCGAAAUUGACUGUCAGGUCAUGUGAUCGCGCUGAUAUUUUGAAUGUCAUAUAAGGGUAAUUAACUCCUUCAAUUUUUUAGCCAUAUGAUUGCCUCCCUUGUACACAUAUAGUAGUGACAUCACAAUUUAAUGUGUACACAGGCGAUUACCGCGCUAAAGAUUAAACUGGUAAAUUAAAUGAAUUAAAAACAUUUUAAAACAUUUUAUGUACUAAAUUUUGCUCGGUAUAAUAAAAUAAAUAUCAUAUGGCAGCGUGUGUGACAUUGAUAUUGUCAAUCCUCGAAACAGAAUGUCACCACUCGGCUUUCGCCUCGGGUGACAUUCUGCCCUCGGGUUGAUAAUUUCAAUGUCACUGUGACACACACGCUGCCAUAUGAUAUUUAUAUAAUGUCAUUUGAUAUUAUGGAAUGUAUAUGAUGCGUUUUGAAUGUUGUGUUCUUAGUUUUUUAGAAUAAUGAAUCGGAUGAAUCAGGGCUUUGUUUCACCAAAUAAAUUUUAUUUAGACUUGCUACAAUAAUAGCGGUUUUGACAAAAUUGUGAUUACCAUAUUUUUUGUUGUAAUUUGUGUAAGGAUUUCUAAUAAAUAAAUGUUAUCGUAUACCUAUCGCGGUGGCAAGGAAAACUCACAAUAAUCGCAAUACUGUUUUUUGGAGGUGGACACGUGAAAAAUACAUGUAUCGGUUUUAAGCCAUAUUUCUAACAAAUUCACGAUAUAAACAUUGCUGCAACCACUGACGUUUCCAAGUAUUAUGUGACGUCAUUUACUAUAAAUUAAGGCAGAAGAAAAAUAAAAAGUCCAAGUGUUUCAGUGUAUAUGUCCAGUAUAUUGUCUUACAUAGAUUCAACAUAUGUUUGUUUCUUAAUCAAAUACAUGAUUUAUAUUGCCCGCGAACUCAUGACGACCAUAAUUCAUAGGUUUUUCACGUUAGUAAGUCUAAAUGCAUAUACUGAUAUUGAACAUAAGCCUCGCAUUAUUUAUUUCUAUGUAUAGAAGAAAUACAUUGUAUGUACAUUUCUGUUUUUCAUGUAAUAAAACAUCACAAUUUUAAUCACGUGCAUUUUUCCCGCUGAAAAGAAAAAAACAACUUGC